GGCCCACGACCUGCUCUCUUUGUGCCUGAAGUUUCUUUCGAACUCUUAGUGAAGAGGCAAAUCAAGCGUCUAGAGGAACCCAGUUUGCGUUGUGUGGAGCUGGUGCACGAGGAGCUCCAGAGAAUCAUACAGCACUGUUCAACAUACAACACACAGGAGCUGUUGCGUUUUCCGAAGCUUCAUGAUGCGAUUGUAGAAGUUGUAACUGGCCUACUCCGCAAGAGACUGCCUGUGACCAACGAAAUGGUUCACAACCUUGUUGCCAUAGAGUUAGCGUACAUCAACACCAAGCACCCAGACUUCAGUGAUGCUGCAAUGGUGUCAGCCUCAGUGAACAGCUCCCAGUCUGAGGUUCCCCAGGACGGGUCCCGGAAGUGGAAGACAGACAAAGUGGAGGAGAGGUUUCCUGAGGAGAAAUCGAGGAAUCCUGCAGGCUCCACCACCACCAGUCCCAGCAAAGCACACGCCGUGAACCUGCUCGAUGCGCCGGUGCCGGUCUCGCGUCGGCUCAGUUUGAAGGAGCAGCGUGACUGUGAGGUCAUCCAGCGGCUCAUCAAGUCCUACUUUCUCAUUGUCCGCAAGACAAUCCAGGACAGUGUUCCAAAGACGGUGAUGCAUUUCCUGGUCAAUCACGUGAAGGAUAACCUGCAGAGUGAGCUGGUUGGACAGCUGUACAAAUCUCAGCUCCUGGACACACUCCUGACCGAGUCUGAGGACAUGGCAGCCCAGCGCACAGAGGCUGCCAACAUGUUAAAGGCCCUCCAGAGAGCGAGUCAGGUCAUCUCGGAGAUCAGGGAGACCCAGCUGUGGUAACAGGGGAGUGGCUGCAGGCGAGGGUCCUGAGGGAUACGGCUGGCCGCAGAGUGUGCGAAGCCCUCCGUCCCAUCACGCUGUACCUGUCAGCACAGGCGACAGCACCGUGACCGGGCACCGUGACUGGCUGUUCCUGUGUGACAGUCAAUGAACUGUAGCCCCGUCAUUGCCCAUCAGCGGUGCCCCUCGUGUUACAUUGACAGAGCUCGUGCUGCCUGUCACAGCUACACCCCACC